CGAGAGCGCGCAGCCGCGGCCCGAGCUUGGCCCCUGCGGGCCGCCGUCGCCACCCCGGCAUUCCGCCGCCGGUUCGGCCGAGCGGCGUCGGCUCCCGCGGCUCUGGGCGGCACCGUAGUCGGACCCCAGGACACCCGCUGGCCCUUGGCGGCGGCGCCGACGACCAUGGUCCCCUGAGCGGGUCGGCGCCUGUUAGAGGCGGGCGUGCGGGCGCCGCGACCCAGCCCGCGUCGGGGCCCAGGCUGGUCGCGCCUCUUUGUCUCCGGACGGAAGUGGGACUCGCGGCGGGGACAGGGCGGCCGCACCAUGAGCGACAUCCGCCACUCGCUGCUGCGGCGCGACGCGCUGAGCGCCGCCAAGGAGGUGCUGUACCACCUGGACAUCUACUUCAGCAGCCAGCUGCAGAGCGCGCCUCUGCCCAUCGUGGACAAGGGCUCCGUGGAGCUGCUGGAGGAGUUCGUGUUCCAGGUGCCCAAGGAACGCGGCGCGCAGCCCAAGAGACUGAAUUCGCUCCAGGAGCUCCAGCUUCUUGAAAUCAUGUGCAGCUAUUUCCAGGAGCAAAGCAAGGACUCUGUGCGGCAGAUCAUUUUCUCCUCCCUUUUCAGCCCCCAAGGGAACAAGGGGGACGACAGCCGAAUGAGCUUGUUGGGAAAGCUGGUCUCCAUGGCCGUGGCUGUGUGCCGGGUCCCUGUGUUGGAGUGUGCGGCCUCCUGGCUCCAGCGGACGCCUGUGGUCUACUGUGUGAGGCUUGCCAGGGCCCUUGUGGAUGACUACUGCUGUCUGGUGCCAGGUUCUGUUCAGACACUGAAGCAGAUCUUUAGUGCCAGUCCUCGUUUCUGCUGCCAGUUCAUAACGUCGGUGACCGCACUCUACGACCUGUCAUCAGAUGACCUCAUCCCUCCUUUGGACUUGCUUGAAAUGAUUGUCAGCUGGAUUUUUGAGGACCCGAGGCUGAUUCUCAUCACGUUUUUAAAUACCCCCAUCGCCGCCAACCUGCCCAUCGGCUUCUUAGAGCUCACGCCGCUCAUUGGGCUGAUCCGGUGGUGCGUGAAGGCCCCUCUGGCUUACAAAAGGAAGAAGCCCUGCCUAGCCAAUGGCCACGUCAGUCACACGGUUGCCAAGGCCUCAGGCCCGGGCGCGGACAGAGACUCGCAGCUGCUGUACUCCAAGCUGCACCUGAGCGUCCUGCAGGUCCUCACGGCGCUGCAGCUGCACCUGACCGAGAAGAACCUGUACGGGCGCCUGGGGCUCCUCCUGUUCGACCACAUGGUCCCGCUCGUAGAGGACAUCAGCAGGCUGGCCGACGAACUGAACCCCCUCCAUGCCUCCCAGGAGAUCGAGCUUGCACUGGACCGCUUGGCCCAGGCCUUGCAAGUGGCCAUGACAUCGGGGGCCCUGCUGUGCACGAGAGAUGACCUGAGAACCUUGUGCUCCCGGCUUCCCCAUAACAAUCUGCUUCAGCUGGUGAUCUCGGGCCCAGUGCAGCAGUCGCCACACGCCGCUCUUCCGCCUGGGUUCUACCCGCAUAUCCAUACUCCCCCGCUGGCCUACGGGGCUGUGCCAGCACACCCAGCUGCCCACCCAGCCCUGCCUACACACCCGGGGCACACCUUUAUCUCAGGUGUGACCUUUCCAUUCAGGCCCAUCCGCUAGGCUGGCCCCUCCGAGCCAAGCCGCCGGGCGGCUGUGUGCCUUGCACCCGGGCCACGGAAGCACGGAGAGAGGGGGCUGGCCCAGGGGACAAGGACUCCCGGGAGGCAGCAGGUGGCCCCUCCAUCUUGGUACUGGUGUCCCAAGUUGCUGUUCCCGGGGUCCCUCCUCCUUGGUCGUAUUAAAUAUCCAGAUUGGAUGAUGAAAGGGGGUGGGCUCUGUGAGAGUGCUGCAGGCGGUUACAGAUGCGCCAGGCCAUGGGUGACAGUUGUCACUCACACCACCAGGGAGUGCCGCCUGCGGGUCCAUUUGCCCUGCCUCAGGAAUGUGAAGUGUCUCUGCCACCAACGUCGUCUUCUGCAGCGCCAUGAGCUCAGAACGGAGGGUGGGACCCAGCCUGUGCACCUCUGGGACGCUCAGGGACGCCUGCUGGGAUUCCCCAUCACCUUGGAAAGGAACUCUGUUUUAUUGUGGGCGAGCAUCUCUAAAUUUUCCUUUCAUGUGUUCAAAAUAAAUUUUUUCUAAACAGUUU